AUGUCUUUCGGCAACACUUCGAACACCAUCAACCAACUACCAGUCGCCAUGACUCCUGAGCCUGCUGCCGUUGUGGCAACGAUCGAGAAUGCGGACAUCAAGGGUGAAGUGGAGGACACGAAGAACGCAGACAUGAAAAGUGAAGUAGAGGCUACGACGACCUCUGCUGCUCCAGCUCUGGAGUCAGGCUCUGUCAUUGUCUCAUCCGACGAUGACAUCCCUGAGUACUCACCUCGAAUGACUGUAGCAUCAACAGAGACCACGACUCUCGCGCAGGAAAAGGCUGUUGCGGCGAAGACUGCUGACUCCGAGGCUGACGGACAGCAUAGCAGCAAGAGGCCAGCAUCGACUGAAGCUGAGGGUGCAUCCCCUAAGAAGCUGAAGACGAAUGAAGAGGGAAAUACGACUGGAGAAAGCGAGAAAGCUCCGAGCGAGACCAAGGAGCUGGAGACGAAUGAAGAGGGAAAUACGACUGGAGAAGGCGAGAAAGCUCCGAGCGAGACCAAGAAGCUGGAGACGAUCGAAGUUCUCAAGAUCAAGGCGAACACCAUCAUUAAGAAAAAGAAUGCUCAAAUCAGCGAGCUUAGAGACAAGCUUGUAGAAGUUGAGAAGGAGCGGGACGCUUUGGAAGAAAGCCGGUACCAGUUUGAAGCCGACAAGAUUGUCUUCAAAGAGCAGCAAGCGAUCAGAAAUGCAGACAAAAUGGCUGAAGCAAGGCGGGAGAGAGAGUGGCAAAGCAAUGCUGCGGCCCGAAUGAAGGCUGCAGCCGUGGCUGACUACGAGAGAAAGCUUUCUACCAAGAUAUCAUUCGUGGAGAGGCAGCUAAAGACAAAGCACGUCACCAUGGAAAAUACCUUGAAUCAGAAGCUCGAGAACAAGACAGAAAAGCUCGAGGAGACGCUGAAGAAGUUUAGCGAGGCGAAGGAACAGUGGAGAAAGGAAAUUCAAGAACUCAAAGCACAGGUGAAGGAGCAGGCCAAGCACGGCGGCGCAAAAGCCCAGCAGAUCGUGAAAGAACUCAAGGAAGAAGUCAAGAUCAAGGAUACCAAAAUCAGCGAGCUCACUUCCGACAAACAGCGCCUGCAUGGAGAAAUCAUCAACCUCAAAGCCCACGUCAACGCCGAAAAAACCCAACUCGCAGAUCUCCACGCAACCCACAACUCCACCUGCGCCGAAAUCAAGGCACUAUUCACCGAAUCUCAAGCCUGGAAAACCCGCGCCACCCUCCGAGACCAAGACUUGAGCCUCAUGCAAGCAAAAUUCAAACACGAGCUCAAAACCCGCCAAUCUCUCCAUUACAACUCCAUGCACGAAAUGGAGGAGAAAUGGAGACUCCAAGCCCAGAAUUCUGCCCAGUCGCAGCAACGUGUGGUCACCAAUCAACGCGCAGUCUUUCAUCUCAAUGGGAUGCUUGAUACCAAAUCGAAACUCAUUGAGGAGCUGCAGGCAAAAUUGGUGGAAUGUCAGAAGAGUUUGAGGGUUUUUACAGGAGCUGCUACUGCUGCUGCUGCUGCUGAGAGGCGGAGCGAGGACGAAGGAGGGGACUAGGAGGGGACCGUCGAGUUUAGGAGGGGCUGAAGGGGUUGCUACUAAGUGGUAGUGGGAAAUGUCCUGCCAGGCAUGCGCUCCGGGAACAGAAGGUCGCUGGCCAGUUGGUCAUGAUAUCUUCUCGGGAUUCUCAAACGCUUCACGCCCUCUAGGCUUCGGAGAGGUUGACGGAAUCUCCCCACGGAGCCCCAGUCGUUACGAAGCCGCGCGCGACUGAUUUCGGAGAUUCUGCUGGGGACAUGGUGUCCCGAUCCACGGUGAGGGUUCUGGUAUGAGUCGAUUGAGGCUUCUUCUGGCUCUGGAGUCGAGGCGAGUUCUGUCGCUGGGGCUAUUGCUGCUGCUGCUCAGCAGGCGGGCAGGCAGGCUGGACUCUCUGAAUCCAGUUACAACUGUUAUGUACCAUCUGCGUGAAACGGUGAUGAUGGGAGAGAAGAAGCAAAAGCGAUGGAACCCUCCUUGGGACUCAUUCCAUGGGAAGUCUCACACCUGAGGCCCAGGUCUGCUUCUAGCUUGUAUCUUUUAGUUUGACUCACCAUGCUGCUCAUCCUUCACAUCCAUUUCUCAUCUUCUUCAUCCCAAUUAAACCUCGUCUCAACCCACAUGUUGAAGGGGGGAGUAGUAUGGUCAUGUUUCUCUCUCUCUCUC